AUGGAUCCUUUAUUACCUUCUACGGACCUUUGUAUCAAACAUGAACAUGAAGAAACUUUAACCAAACAAGAUUUGCAACGACUUGAAAAAGUUAUCGAUUUGGUUUUUCCAAAUAAAUCUGCAGCUGCAAGAGAAGUUGCUACAAAGCUUUUAAAUUCUACUAUUCAAAAUCAGUCGAUAUCCGUAACAAAAGAUGAUAACACUACUUCUGUUGUCCUCGAACUUCCAAUCCUUCCUGAUCAAACUACUGAGUCUGACCAAAUUUUGUCUCCUUUAGCAAAUAUGUUAAACCAUACUUUUCCUAAUUCUUUAGUUGAAUUAGUUAAUAAACUUAACAAAAUGUCUAUAAAUCCUGCAAAUUUGGACUUUUUAAGUCCAAAUGCUAAUUCUCCUUUCAAUCCUACAAAUAACUCUUCUUCCACUGACCCUUCUGUUAAACCCCCAGGUCCUCCAACUAAAGAAUUAUGCAAAAAAUUAAUAAAUGAUUAUUUCACCAAAUUUAAUAUUAUUCUCCCUAUCCUUAAUCAUAAAAAAUUCAUGAACCAUUUUGGUGAUAAAACAAAAUCUUCUGAGUUACUUGUUAAUGCAACUUUAGCCGUUGCUGCGGCAAGAUAUUCUGAUGAUCCUUCAAUUAGAAAGACUCUUAAUAAACCAGGUGGUAUAUUUUUCGACUCUGCAAAGAGAUUGUUGGAUACAAUGUAUGAUACUCCAAGAUUAGAAACUGUUCAAUCAUUAAUUCUAUUAUCACAUGCAGAGAUUAGUGUGUCACGAUUUAAUAGCGGGUCUAUGUUUCUCGGAAUGGCUGUUCAAAUGGCCCAUGCUUUACACCUUGAGCGUGAUGAUAGUACUUUACCUUUAGAAGAGGAUGAAGAAAGACGAAGAGUGUUUUAUU